AUGAGAAUCCAUCUGCCAAGGAUCACAGAUGCGAAGCAGGCGCUGCAACAAUCUUUGAAAAUUUCCAAGGCAAUGGCUUCUGAUGUCCCAAAGGGCCACUUCGCAAUAUACGUGGGGGAGUAUCGAAAGCGAUUUGUUAUUCCAGUAUCAUACCUUAAUCAUUCUUUGUUCCAAGACCUUUUGCAUGAAGCUGAAGAAGAAUAUGGAUUCGACCAGCCAAUGGGUCGUUUAAGAGUUCCAUGCAGCGAAGAUGCCUUCAUAACUCUCAUUUCUCAUAUGAAUGGCUCAUGA